AUGGCCACCACUGCAACUCCCGAGGUUCUCUGGGCGCAACGCUCUUCCAGCACCGAUGCCGAGAAGAACUUCGUCUACCUGACCAUCACCGUCCCCGACGUGCCCAAGGAGAGCUUCAAGCUCGACCUCAAGCCCACCGGCCUGACCUUCACCGGCCACUCCGACACCCUCAAGAAGACCUACCACCUGGAGCUCGAGCUUUACGCCGAGAUCGACGAGAAGGCCACCAAGGUCAACCACACGGGCAAGAACGUCGAGCUCAAGCUGCAGAAGAAGGAGCUCAACGAGGCCUACUGGCCCCGUCUGCUCAAGGAGUCUAAGAAGGUCCACUUCCUGCGGACCGACUUCGACAAGUGGGUCGACGAGGACGAGCAGAACGAGGCUGCUGAGGAGGACAUGUCUCAGUUUGGCGGCAUGGGAGGCAUGCCUGGCAUGGGCGCAGGCGGCGACUUUGGCGGCAUCGACUUCUCCAAGCUUGGCGGCGGUGCCGGACUGGGCGGCGAGGACGAGGAGGAAGAUGACGAGGACGAGGACGACGAUGACAUGCCCGCCCUGGAGGGUGAGGAGGGCGACAAGGCCGCGGCGAAGACCGAGGCAAAGCCCGCUGAGGAGUCCAAGCCCGCUGCUUAA